CUGUUGUUGUUAUUUCGGUGUGCUGCCUUAAUGCAAACUGUUGGAAUCAGUUCAGUAAAUACCUGUAAUAUUCUCAUCCUCACAAUCGUGACUGAGUUUUGAAGCGAGCAAGAAUAUCUUGAGGAGUUUAUCAUCUGAACUGAGAUCUGCUGCUAUGAAGAUGGAGUUUGUGAAAGAGGAGAGAGAAGAGAACAUGAGUGAACCAGAAACCUGGAGAAUAAAACAAGAGGAACCAGAAACCUGCACAAUAAAACAAGAGGAACCAGAAAUAAAACACGAGGAAACAGAAAUAAAACACGAGGAACCAGAAAUAAUACAUGAGGAACAAGGAGAUAUGGCUGUCUGGAACGAGGCAAGUGAAGAUGCAUUGAUCAGCAUGAUCCAGGAAAGGCCGGCCUUGUAUGACAUCACGGAAAAAUCUUAUUCCAACCGAUUGGUGAAAGCUGAAAUGUGGUGUGAGAUCGAAAAUAAACUUGUCAUAUCAGGUAAGAUUUUCUUUUUGGCAAUCAAGGUCUUUAGAAACUGGUUUGUUAUUUUUAAAUGGUCCAUUGUAAGAAUAAUGACGUGUGUGUGUACAAAAAUAAUUUGGUUAAUGGAAAACAGGCAGUUAUUAUAAUUAUGUGUUAGCAUCUAGUGUACGUCCAGUAGAGAAAAAAGUAAAAAUUUGGCAGUACCAAUAAUCAUGAAACUGACAAAUAAGGCAUAAUGCUUACAAAAUAUGACCUUAUCCCUCUGAGAAAGAGCUCAAGAAGCGGUGGGAUUCAUUGCGAACCCAGUACAUGCGAUAUAAGAAACAAGGACCCUCAGGAAGUUCUGGAUCUCAGAAGACUGGCAGGCAGCAAUGGAUCCUGAACCGCCUGCAGUUUCUACAGCCUCACACAAAAAGGAAUGAGAGCACUUCAAAUUUACCUAUCAGGGAAUCUUCGGCUGAUAGUGAUUCCUGUUCACCCUCAGAUGGUACCAACAGUGAGACAUGGACUGGCACCCAUGAAGAGCCCAGCUUCAUUGAGGCGGAGCUACGGCCCAGUACACCCUUGCCUGAAUCCACGAUCUGUGGAACGGAGUCUACAGCUGAGUCCACAGCCAUUAGACAGAAACCAAAUACUCCAAAGCCUCCGGGGAAGCGCAGGAAGAUGCAGGAUGAGUCCUCCAGUGAGGAGUCCACAUACUUGAUGCGAACCAUCGGCAAAACUCUGGAAAAGUUGGCAUCACAGGAAAACACCAAUGAUGCCAUCUCAGCUUUCUGCAAAAAUCUAGAACACAGAAUGCAGAGUUUGCCACCACAUGUACUGCCACAUUUCCAGCAUGAGGUUGAUGAUUGCAUUUUCAAAUAUUCAGUGGGCCACAACCAUUCACUGGAUGCAUCUGUCAAUCAGUAUACACACCUGUAAUGUGUUGCAUUGCAAAAGUGUAAUCAUGUUUGCAGUAUAUUGUAGGUUGUACAUGUACAUUUAUAAUUUAUAUUAUAGUUGUAUUAUAGGGCUUGUACAAUUCUAUUUAGAAUUUAAAGUCUCUUCUAUUUUUUAUUAUUUACCUUCUAGCAAA